CAUAAUGGGUAUUAUCAGGAGGGAACAGCUUCGCGAUAAGCCCACUCGAAAGUUGAAGCUUCAAGGUCCUUUACUUUUGCUCAACAUCUAGAGCACAACAAAUCUUUGCUGUUUGAACCAUUGGCAACUGAGCUAAUAUUCAAAGCUCCCAAAGUAUCGGACGUCACACAAUGUCCGGCGUAACCCACUCACACGACGGAGUGCACUCGCACUCCCAUGCGCACUCCCACGACACCUUCAACGCCGCCGAACACGGCCACAGCCAUGAGAUUCUCGACGGGCCCGGAAGUUACGUCGGCCGGGAGAUGCCCCUGACAGAAGGCCGCAACUGGAACGACCGGGCCUUCACCGUCGGCAUUGGUGGGCCAGUCGGAUCAGGCAAAACAGCCCUGAUGCUCGCCCUCUCGCGGGCGCUACGCAAAUCCUACUCGGUCGCCGCGGUAACCAACGACAUCUUCACGCGGGAAGACGCCGAGUUCCUGACGGCACACCGCGCGCUGCCGGCCUCGCGCAUCCGCGCCAUCGAGACGGGCGGCUGCCCGCACGCGGCCGUGCGCGAGGACAUCUCGGCCAACCUGGCCGCGCUGGAGGACCUGCACCGGCAGUUCGACACCGACAUCCUCCUGAUCGAGUCCGGCGGCGACAACCUGGCUGCCAACUACUCCCGCGAGCUGGCCGACUACAUCAUCUACGUAAUCGACGUCUCCGGCGGGGACAAGGUGCCGCGCAAGGGCGGGCCGGGCAUCACGCAGAGCGAUCUGUUGGUCGUGAACAAGACCGAUCUGGCCGAGGCGGUGGGCGCCGAUCUGGGCGUCAUGGAGCGGGACGCACGCAAGAUGCGCGAGGGCGGGCCGACUGUGUUCGCGCAGGUCAAAAAGGGCGUUGCGGUGGACCACAUUGUGAAUCUGAUUCUGAGUGCGUGGCGGGCAAGCGGAGCGGAGGAGGCGAGGAAGGCGGUAGGAGGGCCGAGGCCGACAGCCGGAUUGGAGGAGUUGGGGGAAGACGCUUGAAGGGGGAGAAGGAAGAGAUGGUGGAAGGCUUGGAUAACUGAAUGCUCGUCAUAGAAACGAGAGAUGCAGCCAUCACUUGAAACUGGAGAUGCCCGGGCCUGCAG